AUGAAGUCGGCAUCCAGCACAAGAGCAACAGCGGCAAAUUCGAAGAAAGUCCGUACCGACCAGGAUCACGAUAUUUCGCUUGCUGGUAAGGUAUAUAAGCGAGCCUGUGAUUGUUGUCGCAAGCGUAAGGUGCGAUGCGAUGGAUCGGAGCCCUGCGGACCUUGCCACAAGGCGAGCAUACGCUGUGCAUAUCUACAACCAGCGAAGAAGAAAGGACCGAAGGGUCUUCGGAGCGCCAAGGUCCUUCAUGCUCUGCGGCGCAUCGACAGCAACAUUUCUGACAGUCCAACAAGCCCGCUGAGCCCGCGACAGCCUGCGUUUAGAGAUUGGAGCUGGAGUGGAACUGCUGUCCCAAGUACUCUAGCACCUGAUGCCAAUACUGUGAUAAGCACUUCAACUUCGCAGUCGCACCUGCAAGCCGCGAAUUUGAUGGGUGAGGGUGCGAACGGGCUGGUUUCGACGGCUAGCCCGCAACAUCCGGCAUUGCAAUCGCGAAGUAUGGAUAUCGAUCGGACAUGGCUUCUGGCCCAGCAAAACGCUUCUGUACCGUCGGAAACUGAUCUGGGAACACUAUAUCCGGCGCCGAUGGCCAGAAGUCGAUCGAAGGCAUACUUGUUUACUGCCGAUGUGUUUCGCCCAUAUGUUGAUUUGUUCUUCGAGCAUAUGUUUGUUAUAAUGCCCGUAUUAGACAGAGCACGGUUAUUCAACCCCUGGUCCGAAUCAACCGAAAGGCUGACCACCGUAUCAUACUGUUUGUUGUGUGCUCUGAGCGCGGCAACAAUCGUCCAGCUUGAUGACUCUAUCGUGCACUUGCCCGCCACACAUCCAGAGACAUGCUCAGAUGCAUUAUUUGUGGAGGAAUGCCUCAGAAUACGCUCGACCCUGGAUUUUAUCGAGGACACAACAACUACAGGAGUUCUAACGUCAUUCUUCCUUUUCUCAUACUACGGCAAUAUCGAGCGGCAUACAAAGGCAUGGCAUUACUUGCAAGAGAGUAUAACUAUGGCAGAAAACCUCAACAUGGACGAUGAAAGAUCAUAUGAGCAGCUCGAUCCUGCGGAAGCACAAUGGCGACGACGAUUAUACUGGUUGCUGUUCAUCACCGAACGCGCGUAUGCAGUACAGAGACGAAAACAUGCGCGCCUGCACACCUCCAUAGGCAUGCCGGCCGUGUUCGAAAGCGACAACCCAAAGUUGCUUCACGGACUUGUGAAGCUGGCCGAUCUAUUCAGCGCGGUCGAUGAAGCAUUCGUGCAAGCUUGGCGUGGCUCGAGAAGGACAAGCCUUUGCAACGAGAAUUGGCUUGCGCGCACGCAGAAGAGGCUGGAUGCGACGACAACGGACGUCAUACCAAUCGGGUUGACAGAGACGCAGCAUCUUGACAUUGCCAUCACACGAGAAUGGCUUCAUGUGCUCGCCUGGCAGAUGGGUGUCAGCAAUGGUUUGAUAUGGACUGAAGGCGAGGGCAGCAUGAGGCUCGACUAUCCCGUGGAGCUGGCAAAGAAUGUUGUCGAAAUCACGUCUGGUGCGACACCUCUUGCCAUAGAUAGUCAUGGCAUUGGAAUGGAACAAAAGAUCUCCGAUAUUGCGGGCUGCCUCGCAGAUGUGCUACGAUGCACGGGCGAUAUGUCCUCAUCGUUCUCCAAUGGCAAAAAGUAUCUUACGAUAUUGCUCGAGCGAUUGUCCAACAUACGAGGGAAAGAGUCUCGAUAUUUGAAGCCUUUGCUGUCGAGGAUGGACCAUGCGCUGGCCAGUGAAGUAAUUUCGAACACUUCACUGCUUGAGGAUGAUCAGCUUCAAGCAAUGCUCGAGGCUGAUGCACCGGCAUCACCCCUGGUGGCGUAUUCGAACCGGCUACGACCUUCUAUCCAGAAGUCAAUUGGCAUGCUGCGGACGCUCUCCAUGAGCGGUACCAUUUGCAUACCAGAUCUCCCGAUUCUUGAAGAUUGGACAACACAACGGAUCGGGAGUGAACUCUAUGGCCGGGACAAUACGAGCACUCUAAUAUCUGGGUUUCGUGUGCAAUAA